ACACGUGCUUACUGCGGCCGCCAAAGUUCUGUUACCAUCCACGACGUGGUCGUUCCCUUCUUUUUAAUAUUCCGGUCUAUCUAAAGGCGAUUCGCGCCUGUCAUGUCUUCUCAAAAUGCUCAAAAGCCGCCUUCGAGAGGUCUCGUUACUGGAGUUGUCGUUUUCUACCUGGUAGCAGCGUUAUCGAUGGUCAUGGCUAACAAAUGGGUCCUCAACACCACUGAAGCACCACUUUUCUUUUUAUUCACUCAACUUGUUAUUGCCGUCGUCCUUUUCGUCAUCUCGGACACUCUGAAAAUGCUUCCCGAUAAACUAACAUUUGAUGUCAAUGUUUGCAAGGGACUGGUCGCUAUGGUUAGCCUGAAUGUCAUUGGUUUAAGCUUCAGUAACUACACCUUGAAAUACGUCGACGCGUCCUUUUACCAAGUUGCACGAGGACUUGUGCUUCCAUUCACUGUCGGUACUUCUUUCAUUAUGCUCAAUGCACGGCCCUCGCUCCGCAUCCUGUUUUCCUGUGGUAUUGUCACUAUGGGCUUCUUCAUUGGCGUAUUCCUCGACGGCACACCUUUAUCUCUCGUCGGAAUAUUUUUCGGCGUGGUCAGCUCCGCAAUCACUGCAAUUCAUUCUGUCGUCAUAAAACAAAGCCUGAGCGUUGUCAACGGCAGCGCUCUCUUGCUUUCUUGGUACACCAACUUACUCAGCGCCCUUGUCCUCAUCCCAGUAAUUCUACUUGCAGGCGAAACAGCUGAAAUCAUGAAACUCUUCUUUGGCGCUGAUGAACUAUUGCGGAACAGUGAGCAGAUGUCUGCUCUCCCAACUUUCAUUUGGGGAUCGAUCAUCACGGGCGCCCUAGGAUUUAUGAUGAGUAUCGCAAGCCUCUUAUCUAUCAAGGUGACUUCACCCAUCACACAUAUGAUAUCUUCUGCGGUCCGUGGCGUUGCUGCGUCUGUUCUCGGAAUGUGGCUCUUUCACGACAUCAUUACUUCCGGCCGAGCUUCCUCUAUUGCUGUUAUUCUCCUUGGUUCAAUAUACUAUACCUGGGUGAAACAUGUUGAAUCUCAAUCUCUGGCAUCUUCAACUGUUGCCUACGAGCGUGUCAAGAUGGAGGAUGUAGAAUCAGGUCCCCAACGCAAUUCCCACUCUAAGCCAGAAUGAGUUGAUCAUAACACUCGCAGCUUAGACAUUCAUGUGUAGAAUACGUAUAGGGUGUAACUACUAGUGGAUCACAUAGAUUCGACAAUUGGCUACCUAUAGGCCUUUCUGUCAUAUUAUAGAACCGCACUCUACCUAUAUAUCGUAUAAAUAAUGCGUCUUACCUUCCUGUGCUCUUGGAAUGAUUCAGUUUCGUUCGCUUUC